UCUCAUGCUCAGUGUUAUAUUUAGAAGAUGCUACCGGGAAACACUCAAACACACUGUAACACAUCGAGAGCUUCAGAAUUGUGUAACGGUGAAACAGAAAUUCUGAAUCUGCAAAUAAAAGAGAAGAAUGAACACGAUCUUGACCUUGACUCUGCUGAUGAUUCCUGGUGCUGUGAUGUCCAUCAGUGUGACAGGAUAUUCAGGAGGUGAAAUCAUCAUCACAUGCAGAUAUGAUAAAGGAUAUGAGAGAAAUGCAAAGUAUUUUUGUAGACAUACAGAUGUAUUGACACAAAAGUGCAAAGAUCUCAUCAGAACUGAUAUUAAAGAUGAAUGGACACAUGAAGGAAGAUUUUCUCUGUAUGAUGACACAAGAGCAGCAGUCUUCACUGUGAUCAUCAGAGAUCUGAAUAAACAGGAUUCUGACAAAUACUAUUGUGGGACUGAUAUCUCUUACAGUGGAGAUUUAUACACAGAAGUGAAUCUGAAUGUUAGAGAAGGUCAUCAGAUCAGGAAUGUAACAGGAUAUUCAGGUGGACGCGUCAUUCUAAACUACAAAUAUGAGGAGGAACACAAGAACAGAGUGAAAUAUGUCUGUAAAUCUGAAACACAAAUAAACACGCUGAAACAAUGUUCUCAUAUAAUAAAUACUGAUGAAAAUAAGCCAAAGCACAAUGACAGAUUCUUUAUUCAGGAUAACAGCACUGCAGGUCUCUUGCAAGUGUUCAUCACAAACCUGAAUGUGAACGAUUCUGGAGAAUAUCAAAUUCAAGUCAAAGUUUCUGAGGAGUACAAUUUCUUCUCUGAGCUGAAACUGGAUGUUUAUGAGGAUGGUUGUUGUGAGAACUUCAUCAGUUUAUCAGCUGCUUCAGGAGAAUCUGUGAACAUCAGCUGCAGAUACUCACAAUCUCACAGGAGUGACAGUAAGUUUGUGUGCAGAAGAUCUGGCAUUUUUAAAUGCUCUCGUAUAGCAACUGUGACAGAAGACAGAAGAUGGACACGAGAGAGACAGUUGCAGCUGUAUGAUGACAGAAUGAAUCUAGUUCUGACUGUCAGCAUCAGUAAUGUGACUGAUUCAGCAGAAUACUGGUGUGGAGUUCAAUCUCAUCAACAAUACAAGAGCUACAUUACACGAGUCCAGCUCAAUGUUGCAGAGAAAAAAGUUCAAACAACAGCAUCAUCAUCACCAUCAUCAUCAUCUUCAUCAUCACCAUCAUCAUCAUCACCAUCAUCAUCAUCAUCAUCACCAGUUCCCCAGUCUUUUCCAUCUAAGAUCACAUCAUCUGUGACAACACUAGACUCAUCUCUGAUCAUCAGUCUGUCAGUUGUUCUGGUUCUGAUCAUCAUUGGACUUUUAUUACUGACAGUGACUCUCUACAAGAGACAUCAGACUCGAGGCGCUGAUUCCUCAUCCAAAGGAUCUCACAUUAGACCAGGACAGAAUGAAGCUGUUCGUCAAACAGCUUGUGAUUACGAAGAGAUUAAAGACAUCAGAUUUCACAAUGAUUCAGAUACAGGAAGAUGUGCUGACUACAAUACUGCACAAAUACUCACAAACCCCUGUGAUUCUGCAAACACUCUUUACUGUACAGUUAAACAUCCCAGUAGUGACCGUCAGUGCUGUAUCACAUCUACUGAUGAUCUGAAUUACUCAGCAGUGAACUUUCAAAACAUAUCUGAAUGUGUUGAUCACAAAAGUUUUAUUAAUAAUCAGGACUACAGUGAAUAUGCAACUGUCAAUCAGGCCACUGUUUGAGCACAUUACAGCUGAAAAUAUCUGUUGUAGAAUAUGUGUAGAAUUAUUUGGCUUCAUGAGUGUAUUAAAGAUGAAAUAUGUAAAUACUGGCGAGCUGGGCAUUAGUUUAUGUCAGAUGUCUCAUGUUUGCCUUCAUGCAACAGCUGCUUGUCCCUGUCUCUUUGCAGAGUAAAUUAUCAAGAUCAGUUAAGCAUAAAUAUCAGUAUUUAACAUUUUUGAUUUUGUUUUAAUGGCACACUACCAUAGUUUUCUUAAUAUUUCUGCUGUAUUUAGUCGUGUCUGAAACUGUUAGAGUAGUACAGUAACUGUUGUUGGGUAAAUUACUUCAAAAUGUAGUCCACUACAAAUUCAUUAUAAAAUGGUUAUCGGAUUAAUUUUCUGAUUACUUUAUUGAAAAAGGUAAAUGCAUUAGUAAUUACUUUAAUUUUAAGGUACUUUCUACUCAACUCUUGAUUUUUCCCUCAACAAAUAAAACAUGUCUAUUUCCUCUUUGUUCAUUGUCGCGUUCAAGUCAG